AUGGGGUACUCACUUGAUCUUAGUGUUUUUGAUUUUGUAACAGGGGCUGCGUAUGGCAUGGCACUUGAAUGUUGUGAAAUACUAUCACCAACUGUUUUGAUUAAUGCAAUACAAAAACUUCCACUUUUGGAAGAGUUGCACCUUAUAAUGAUGCCAACGCUGAGUCCCGAAGAUUUUGAAACCAUUGGCAUCUCAUGCCGCAGGUUGAAGUCUUUGACAUAUAACCACUGUUUGGCUAUGCUUGAUGAUUUAUCAAGGCAUGCUGUGGCAAUUGGAGAAAACAUGCCUAAUCUGCAUUAUCUCCGACUCUGUGACCAUCAUAUCGAAAAUGAGGGUCUGGAAGCGAUUCUUAAUGGAUGCCCCCACCUCGAAUCACUUGAUCUCAGUGGAUGCACCGGUCUUGAUCUAUAA